AUGAUUGAGAUCAACGCAGUGCUUUUUCUGAAUGCAGACCAAAAUGUGCUCAAAGGGUCUUUCCGUCUGCCAACGCAGGUCAACAACAACAACAUCAACAUCAACAUCAACAUCAACAUCAACAUCAACAUCAACAUCAACAUCAACAUCAACAUCAACAUCAACAUCAACAUCAACAUCAACAUCAACAUCAACAUCAACGUCAACAUCAACGUCAACAUUCCCCCUAAUCCACGAUUAGGCGUUCAUUAA